UAUAUUAAACCAUUACGCAGUUAUAUGCUAGAUUUUUUUCCGAAAGCAAAAUCAUUUAAAAAAUCACAUGAUUUGUAUUUCCGGAUAGUCACGUGAUUACACUGUAGUGUUUCUAUCAUUCAAAUUUUGCGUUUAAGUGUUGUGUUUUCUACGUUUGUUUUCGUCGAUGAAUCGACUAUGGCGAACGUACGGAUGAAUUGGAUACGUUUUUAAGCGCGAAAAUAAAUCGAAUUACUUUGUAUAAUCCAUAAAUAUGGUUUCGUCUUUAGUUUCUGUUGCAGAAAUAUCAAAUGGAUUAGUUGUACUUAUUAUAUUAUGUUCACUUAUAACAAUGGUCUCUUUCCUCUUCAGAUUUAGAGGAGAUCUCUACGAAACUUCUGUUAAAUAUGUACAAAAUCUAAGAAGUGCAAAACCAAUGGUGUGUGUUAAUAAUCCAUUUUUCAUUCAGUUUCAUGAUAUUCAAAAUCUCUCUCUGUCAGAUGUUUCUUUGAAUGUAUCUGUACAAGUAAAAUGUUUGUUACAAGCAUUUUGGGGUGUUACAUUUGAUAGCUACUUUUUAUCUUUGCCUUGGAAUAUCUUAAAAGAAACAUUGAUAAAUGGAGAUAACUUAAAUAUUUCUUGUAUUUCAAGAUCUGAAGUUAAACAUUUAGAUAUUUGUCAGAAUUUUGUUAUCCAUCUUUCGCCAUUUGAAGAAAUUUCAGAACAUGAUUUAGGUGAAAUUCCUCGCAUAAAAUAUCCACUAAUGGUGAUUUUAGUCAGAGAAUCUGAAUUAAGUGAAGAUGAAGAUCCCAAUACUGUGAUUGGAAUGAUAAGCAUAAUGCAUAUCAAAGAUUCUAUAUGCAGAAUGGAGUCUCGCUUAAUUGCACAAUAUCUUAAGCAAGCAAAUGGACAGACUUGUUCCUUGAAGCAACUAUAUAUGUCUUCAGAGAUGACAUAUAACACAUCUAAUCAGUGUGAAGUGAUUGACUCUAGUUGUGUGAUAUGUCAAGUUUUACCAGUUACAAGAGCAUUAUUACCUUGUAGACACACUUGCGUAUGUCAUCGUUGUUUUUCUAGACUGGAUAAAUGUCCUAUAUGUCGAUCUAUGAUACAAUCAUAUUUUUGUAUUCAAAAUGAAAACUAUCCUAUUCCUUCUGAUGAAGUGGAAUUGAAGCAUCCUUUAACUUUAAGUCAGAGGUGGGAAAAUUUUAAUGACAGACUUAAUGCAUGGUUAGGAUUUACAUAAUUUAUAUUGCUGGAAAAAAAUUACACUUUAAAAACUUAUUUAUUUAACAUUAACAAAAUACUUGAAAAUAUUUUUUGUGUGUGAAAUA